CGUAUGUUCAUUCAGGACAGAUUUUAUGUUGGAAAACCCUGGGCAUAUUGCCAGCCUCACUCGCCUGGUUUGAGGGCCUGACCUUGCUUCUCUCCUUCCAGUUAGAGCCCUGUCUGAAGUCGUCUCUCCCGUGUUCCCCGACUACACACAGGGACCCUCGGGUUUUCGCUGUCCAGGCUUCAUGCUCCAGUCAAGUGAUGAGCAGAAAGAGAAGAUGGGCUCCAGCUGCUGAUCAGCGUCUGAGUGACAGGUGCUGUACCUGCAUUUGCUUUUGUUUUGUUUUUUUGGGGGAAGAAUAUGUUGGACUAAAUGGAGUCUGUGAUAAUGUCUCUAACGUUUCUGUCCUUAUGAAGAGAAUGUUAACAUUUAUUAAAAGAAAAUGAAGGCUUGUUCCAUCUCCCAUGUUUGGGUUAAAAAAAAAAAAAGGCUUAUUUAAGGAAACCUGUGGCUAUUAUGUUCGACAAGAUAUUUUAGGCAGGUCUCAGAUGUUUUUUGCUUCACACUCAAGUGUCACUUGUCUUCAAGUUUUUCUUUGUUUUAGUGAGAAAUGAUGUUUAGAUAUCACUUUACUUUAGAUGGUCAUUACUGUGGACCAUGAUGUCUAGACUCUUUCAAUGAAAAUAGGAUACAUAUGUGUUUUAAAAUUAUAUACUACAUGCAUUAUUUCUUCCCAAAUUUAUAGGAGUAAAGAUUUCAUUUAAAGUUGUAUUUCAUGCACAGAUCAUGUUUUGUCUUAUACUAAAAGUCUUGUUUACCAAUUAUAUUAAUAGGUUUUUAUAUGUGUUAAUGCCACAUAAAUUAUUAAUAUCAGUAUAAUUUGCAAGAUAUGGGUAUGAACGACAUUUUACUGUUUCUUUUCAGGUAUUUCUGCCAUCAUCUAUGCCUGUUUUUUGGGAACUUGGCUUUUUUCUUACAAGUGCACAUAGAAUACCAUGCAGAUAGACCAUUAGGGUGAUUUUUUCAUAUAACUGAAUUUUAUGGAUCAUGAUAUGUGAUUUUGUUGUUUUUCAACAAUUAUGUAAUAUAUUUAUAUUUCAAUACAUCAGAAAUGUAACUCAGACUACUUCAUAAAGCCUAGCCUGCAUUUAUUCUGUCAGCAAGAUCUAUGCCCCUACAUUUAUAUAUGUGUAAUUCUUAAAAAAUAAUCUUACACAUGUUCGGUAUCUUGCCUUUUUCAUGUGAGAAUAUACUGUGGGGAAUAAUUGUAUCUGUGCACAGAGCGUUCCUCACUCAUCUCUACACCUGCAGGGGACCCGGGUGUGCUGCUGAGGCCCUGCGUUCACCCUGGACAUUAUACCAAGGCUGUCUAAUACCCAGGUCUUCACUGACUUGCCUAUGUACACAUCAGCAAAAAUUGUAACUACCCACUUCAAGUAAGUAUAUGGGAGGGACUAAGUUUUUAGAAUUGAAGGACAUGGUGAUUUUGACACAUUUACUUUCCUUUAACUAUUCCUAUGACUUCACUUAACACCCAUGUUCUCUAGUUUCUGAUAAGAUGCCUUCUUCUGGCUCAGAAACGGGGAUUAUGCUUCUUACUCAGACAGGAAUUGGCCUUCUGGGAAACAUCUCCCUCCUGUGUCUUUGUAACUCCACUUUGCUCACUGGACAUAAUGUGAAACCCACAAACCUGAUCCUCAUGCAACUGGUCUCAGCCAACUUCCUGAUUCUUUUCUCCGGAGGUAUCCCUCACACAAUGGCGGCUUUUGGAUGGAAGUAUUUCCUGGAUGAUACUGGAUGUAAAUGCAUCUUCUAUUUUCACAGUGUGGCCAUAGGCGUUUCCUUCAGCACCAUCUGUCUCUACUAUGGCUUUCAGGUCAUUAAGCUGAACCCCAGUAUUUGGAGAUGGAUGGAGCUCAAGUUUAGAUCCCGAAAGUUCAUUUCCUUCUGUUGCUUCCUCUGCUGGAUCCUGCAGCUCUUGAUAAAUUCAUGUGUUCUCAUACUAACGAAUGGCCCACUGAAUGGGAAUUACCGGAGUGUGAAAAACAACUCGGGAUUCUGUUCCUGGAACAUACAGGAGAGUUUGGUAGGCUCACUAACUGUAGUAAUUUAUUUCUUCCCUCACUUUAUGAGUUUGGGCUUUUUGAUCUGGGCCGGUAGCUUCCUUGUUCUUUUUCUGCACAGACACAAGCAGCGAGUCCAACGCAUUUGCAGCAGCAGACUCUCCCCCAGGCCUCCCUACGAGGCCAGAGCCACACGCUCCAUCCUGGUGCUGAUGAGCUCUUUUGUAAUGUUCUAUUCAGCCUACAUUAUUGUGAUAAUCUGGGUGACUCUAGCUGCACAGCGCAGCCUGUGGGUGCUGAACAGCUUUGUGUUUAUGGAACCAUCUUUUCCAACACUCUUCCCCUUUGUGCUCAUCAGCAGCAAUACCCGUGCCUCUCAGCUCUGCUUGGCCUGCAGAGCUAGGAAAUCAGUUUCCUAAUCUGGUUGUAGUUCUAUGAGUCUCCUCUCAGUGUCAUUUAAAAAAUUAUUCCAACUUUGUUAAUGUUUGGGGACAUCUGAAAUGUAAGGAAUGUGUAAUGCUAUUGCAAAUAAGGGCAGUAACGUCCCUGUCUGCAGCAAUCUUACUAAAAAUGAACAUCGUGUCUAUAAUGAAGCAAAGACUCCUUAUUCCAACUGUUAGGUUCUUCAGUGAAGGCCAGGAUACUUAAAACACUGUAAUGGAGGGAAAUUCCUGAGUUUAAGGCCCCAGGAACGUCUAUCACUUUGAGCCUUAUAGAGAGAUUCCUGGAAAGUGUUCUGUUAGCUUUAUUUAAAUAUAUUUUCAAGCAUCAUUGAGUUCAUCUGUUUCUGAAAGGGGAAAAUCAUCAUGAAAGACCCACAUGAGGAAGUAUGUGCAGCUUCAUGGCAGCGGGAUGAAUCCCUUGUGUUGGGAGUAUUGAGAUGGGAGCAGCAGAAAUGAAGGGGAUGGUUGUUCUGGGUGACCACUUAGGACAGGCCGAGAAACCUGAACUUCAAGGUAUUCUAUCUGGUGGGUAAAAGAGCUGUGCUCGUAAUUUCAAAUUAUUUCUAAAAUAUAACUAAAGCAAUCUACUUGUUUUUACUAGUAAUGCUAUAACUCUUUUAGUUUAAAAGUGUUGACAAUGAAUUAGCCUACAAAGGAAACACAUCAUCAGUUUCUAAUAGGCAAUAUUAAGAACCCAGGUAAUUUACAAAUUAUUUUUCUCAGAUAUUUUCACCUAAAUCAAAAAUUUCAAAAGGUUUUCCUAUCCUAAAGUAAUAUAGUUUCAAGGUCUGAUUAUUUCUGUCUAGAAAAUUGAGUAUACUUUUCAAUGCCUCAUUUAAUAAGAUUUUACUUAAUAAAUUUGUUUUAUUUAAUAAAUUAAAUGUCCUAAUUUUUUAUUAUCUGAUAUUCCAGCUACUUAUUCCAGUUUAUUAUUUACCAAUCUCUGUAAUUACCAUGCCUAUCAAAAUGUCAAUAGUGUCUGUUUAUUUAGUACCAAAAUCAUAAGGCUUCAUAUCUUAAUUCCAAAAUUAUAAAAUCUAUUUAUUUAAAUAAAAAUGUACAUAUUCUAUAAAUAUUAACUUUGACACAAUUACCUGUGAGGAAACUUUGUUAUUCAUGUUGCUUACUUUCACCAGAUUUUAAAUCAGUAUGUGGUUAAGUUGGAUAUGUUUCCAAUGUGUAAACAGUCUGCAUUAAAAAUUAAUCUGGGUGGCCCCCGCUGGUUUGGCUCAGCGGUUAGAGCACCAGCCCACAGACCAAAGGGUC